UCUUGGCAACUCACACUAGCUUCUUUUCUUUCAGAGCCUCCUUUCAGCUUUUCUCUCGAUCCAUACAUGGCUUCAGCAGACGUCGAGUACAGAUGUUUCGUCGGUGGCCUCGCAUGGGCCACUACUGACCAAUCACUUGAAGAAGCAUUCUCUCAAUACGGCGAGAUCAUCGAUUCGAAGAUCAUCAACGAUCGGGAGACUGGCAGAUCUAGGGGAUUUGGAUUCGUUACCUUCAAGGAGGAACAAGCUUUGAGAGACGCGAUCGAAGGGAUGAACGGCCAGAGCCUUGACGGACGUAACAUAACCGUCAACGAGGCUCAGUCCCGCAGUGGAGGCGGCGGCGGUGGCGGUGGAUUCCGCAGCGGUGGAGGAGGUGGCCGUCGUGAAGGCGGAUACGGUGGAGGUGGUGGUUAUGGUGGCCGCCGUGAAGGAGGCGGUGGAUAUGGAGGAGGACGUGACCGUGGAUACGGCGGUGGUGAUGGUGGAGCCCGUUACUCCAGGGGAGGCGGUGAUUCCGAAGGAAACUGGAGAAAUUAGAUUAGAUAUUCAUUUGUAGACUAUCGGGAUCUGGUUUGGUAUUUUCAAUUUUCGCACUGUUGUUGUGUUCUGUUUUUGACCUGUUCUUAGUUACCCUGCGUUUUUAUCGAUUGCUUUGAGAAAGCACAAGUUAUAAUGAAAAAAAUAUGGUUCCGGUA